CUACACAGGAUGAUGCCCGGACCUGUGGUAUAUUUUUCAGAAAUUAGCGACGUACACACAUUCGCUCGUGGUGCAGUCACUGCAGUACUCGCUGCGGCUGAUUGUUGGCAAAAUCCCAAAAAAAGCAGCACUGUCUCCGCAGCACAGCAGAUAAGAGUUGCUUACAAACAGCUGUGCACGUGGUUAUCGGACUUCGUCUAAUUCUGCGCGACGUCGUGUAAGCGUAAUGUUGGUGAUUGUCAAAAUUUUUUUAUCCCCUAUUUUACUUGACAAAAUGGGAUACUCAGGUGUUUUGUUAUUAUUCUAAAUAGAUUUAGCAAAAAAAGUAUUUUGCUGAUUCAAAAAGUGACGAAGUCGCAAGACGCGAGUCGUUCUUGUUUGUGCGAGGCUGCUGCGUCUUUCUGCGCGAGUUGGAUCGACAACCGCUUUUUCAAUCGUCGGUGAUUAACCUGUUUAUUACAGUACUGACUUUUUUCGGAGACCGAUUGGGGAAUUCAAAUGGUGUUUACGUUAUACGGUGUUGCCAUGUGAUACUCGAAAUGGGAGGAUGAGGAUGCAUUGUUCCUAAAGCGUGGACGGGAUUGCAGAGCAGCGUUCGUGAAAGACCGUUUAGUACCUAGUGAAGACGAAGUUGCAGCUUUGUUUCCCUGGAAGAUUACUCGGGCUUGGAAGAUUCGCAGCUGCUAGUUUGCUGCUGAUCGAAUGUAGUUGUCUGAAUCCUUCCUGCACUUUCCUCUUGUCUUCGUCAGUGAUCAUGGGGUGCAGGAGCAGGAUAUUCGUGUUUCUUGGUCGUCAGCUGGUUUGCGCCAACAGCGCUGCCGUUUUGGGCCGUCAUGCGCGAUGCUUGGCUGGGCAGGCCACUGCUUCUGUUACCAAGAUCGAGGAUAAAUCCAUCGUCAGAUCAUACGGAAUUCUGCAGUUCACAAGUGGUGUUGUCGUCUUCGCAGGUGUCGGAAGAUUGCUCUAAUUUGGAAGUUCGAGAGGCUUUCGUCCGCUUGGCCAAAAAGUACCACCCGGACAGCAGCGAGUCUCCCGAUGAGGAGCGCUUUCGUUCCAUCGAAUCGGCGUACCGGUCCAUCAUGGAGCACCGAAAAUUCGCCCGGCCAGAUGAGGAAAUUGCCGACGCGGUGGAAAAGGAGCUGGGCUUCCAUCACCGCGCGCCGGCUCACCGACAGUACCUGUCCAAUGAGGGAUUCGGCUACGGGACACCCAGUCAACGGGAGCGACAAUACCAGGCGUUCCGUCUGAAUCGAGCCACCGAAAACGUGUACAAUUACCGCGUGGGGAAGUUGGCGCCAUACACAGAAGAUGCGCUCGUCACCCUGGAUAAGCAGGCGACAAAGAAAUUCAAAACGCAAAACGCUAUCGAGCGUGUGGUGGAGGAUCUAAUUCAGGAAAGCAUGGCCAAAGGAGAAUUCACCAAGCUGAGCGGAAUGGGUAAACCGUUGAAUUACGCGGAUGCCAAUCCCUUUGUCGACUCAAUGACACAUAAACUCAAUCGGAUUCUCAUCAACAACGGAUUUACGCCGGAGUGGGCUGUGCUUGGUAAAGAGAUCGAAAACCUGAAAGCCGAACUGCGACAAAAACUGACCGAAGAACGCGCUGUGUACGGCGAACAUCCGACCCAACAACAUCGCGGCGCGUGGGCCGAUUUCGUCCAACAGCAGCAGCCGGCCAUCGAAGAAAUCAACCAGAAAGUCCAUAAAUUUAACUUUAUUUGCCCCAGUAUCCAGCAGCAGCUGUGUCAGGUCGGUCUGCAACACUUUGCUGAUAAGAUUUUCAGCGGCGAUGGCUGGAGAGAGGUAUCCAAAGAGAAGCUUCGGGAGAACAUGGAGAAAAAGAGGACAGCGAUGCGGAAAACACAAACACCGGUGGAAUCCUCGACCUGGUCGUUUUGGGACAUUUUGACCAGAUGAAAUAUUGUUGGUUGCAUUAAAUUGCUUAUGGAUAAAUUUGUCUGUGAUAAAAUAUUUCGAUAUCAUUCAAUUUGAUUUGAAUUACAAAGUUUUGAAUUCUUGUACAGAAACUGCGGCAUAUUAUUAUGUAAAUAUUGAUUUUCUUGUGUGAAAAUUUUCUGACUGAGCUUGUUGCUUUAUGAAAGGCUAAUGUGAUUAAAAAUUUAUUGGAUUUUCCUGGUGAUAUGAAAAAUCGUAGACCACAGCGUGCGUGG